CUUACCGAUGCACGCGUUUGUGGUAAUAUUGUGUCAUUUUGCCGUUAAUUCCUUUAAGCCCCGGAGAUUCAGACGUCGCAAGGGGGGUUAUGUGCUCUUCCCGUGACAUUAAGCUUAAGCCGUCCCAAAUCAGACCAUACCAAAUCUUUAGAAAACCCAGAUUAUAAUAUACACAAUUUGAUUUUGAAGGCAGUUUUCCAUGUUCAUCCCCUUCUUGGAGUUUCUACACCCACCCAUCCUACUAAAAAGUGAAAACAUCAACACAUAAAUCUCAGAAAAUCUUUAAUACUACUAUUCCUUUCAAUUUCUCUAUUUCCGUUGUAUUGUGUUCUUCGAUUUAAUCGACACUUUUUUCCUGCAACUUCACUGCAAAUCAGAGCUCAAUCAAUGGAUCAUUCAUGGCGUCCUCACCCAACUAUCCAAGGUAACAUCUGCCCAACUUGUUCAAUCUCUCACUUCCCCUUUUGCCCUCCUCUUCCUCACCCCUCUACAUAUUCUGCUCCUAAUUUGGAUCCCAAUUUUCGCCCAAUUAAUAUGAAUCGACCCGUUUAUAAUAAUACUAAUCCUAGUGACCCAUAUUAUGAUCCGGGGUUUAGUAAUCGGAACCCUGGUUUUCCUCAUGUGGGUAAUUUUGGGAAUGUUAAUGGAGGUCCAUAUUCAAUGCAAAACCCUGGUUUUGGGGAUGGUAGUUAUAUGGGGAAUGAUUAUUAUAACAAUGUGAAUGAUAGGGGUAGUAAGAGAUUAAGGGUUGAUGGGAAUUAUCCUGGGAUAUAUGGGGUUCAUGGCGAUGGGAAUUAUCCGGCAUCAAAAAUUCCGGUGGAUGGUGGUGAGAGAAGGUUAAAGAUGGUUCAUGAUCAUGGUGGACCGAAUCCGGGUUUUGGUUUUGGUGGGGACAUGAGGGGGAAUGCUCUAGAAAGUUCGGGUUUUGAUAGGAAUGUUGAUGUUCGGGUUCCUGGGAAUUCGAGUGAGUUUGGAGUGAGACCGUUGAGCAAUGUGGAGAUGAGUAACAACCCUGCUGGGGUGGGGCAUGGUGUGCAUUAUCAAAGGGAUGGAGUAGAGUAUGGAUCGCGGUAUAGCGUGAAAAGGAGUGUGUCGGAGGUAGAGCAUGGUUAUCAUCACUCGAACUAUGGGAUGCCGCGUGGUUCAAAUGAGGGAUUUUAUGGUAGCAAUGUAGAGCCUAUUCAUUCUCACAAUGCUCCUAUACAUUAUGAUCAAAGGAGCAAUUUGCCUACAGCAAACCACUAUUCCGGUGGCCAUCCACCACUUCCUCCUGCAGUGCCGCGACCUGGUCAAUUGAGAUAUGAUUAUGGUCCUCCACGCCCUUUAAGUGAUUUAAGUCCGCCAAUUGAAACCAGGCCACCCCCUCCUGAUGGUUAUCAUGUUCCAGCUGGUAAUCAUAUUGCUCCUGCCAGGCCUCAUUACGGAGCCCCACAUAUGGAUUACCAGGGUGGUUAUGGUAACUCUAUUUCAGAAAACACGGGUCAUUUUAAUGCUUCACAAGGAUUUGACAUGCAGCCUCCACUUCCAGCUUCUCCACCUCCACCUCUGCCUAUGGAGCCACCAGGUCCUUGGCCAACAGAUCACAAGCCUUUAUCUUCACCACCCAGAGCAUCAUCUUCAUUGUUUCCUGUUCCUGUUGGCUCUUCAGCUCCAGUGCACACUUCACAUGCCCCGAUUCCUGAAUCUCACACACGGGCAAAUUCACAUCCGCUGAACUCUCAACUUGGACAUAUGUCUCGUGGUGCCUUUCAACGGGAUGCUCAAGGAACUUUGACAUCAUUUGGACAAUAUCUUGGAGAUGGCCAAACAAUUCCAUCACAGAACACUUUUCCUGAUAAACCAAAAACUAUAGAUGCUACCCACUUAUUCAAACCACCUCAUCGGAAAUCUCGUCCAGACCAUUUUGUGAUUAUACUCCGAGGCUUACCAGGAAGUGGAAAGAGUUACUUGGCUAAAAUGUUACGUGACUUGGAGGUUGAACAUGGUGGCAGUGCUCCCAGAAUUCAUUCAAUGGAUGAUUAUUUCAUGACAGAAGUUGAGAAGGUUGAGGAGAAUGAUGCUUCAAAAUCUUCUGGAAGGUUCAAGAAACCUACCAUGAAGAUGGUCUUAGAGUACUGUUAUGAACCUGAAAUGGAGGAGGCUUACAGAUCAAGCAUGCUAAAGGCAUUUAAGAAGACUCUUGAGGAGGGUGCUUUCACCUUUGUAAUUGUGGAUGACCGCAAUCUGCGGGUAGCUGAUUUUGCUCAGUUUUGGGCAACUGCAAAGAGGUCGGGUUAUGAAGUUUAUGUGCUGGAAGCACCAUACAAGGAUCCUGCGGGUUGCACUGCUAGGAAUAUUCACGGCUUUAAUCAGGUUGAUGUGGAAAAGAUGGCUGCAAAAUGGGAAGAAGCUCCAUCAAUGUACUUACAAGUGGAUGCUAAGUCUUUAUUCCAUGGAGAUGAUUUGAAGGAGAGCAAUAUAGAAGAGGUUGAUAUGGACACGGAAGAUGGGGAUGUUGAUGAAAGAGUAGCCGAGAAAAUUGUUACAUCUUCGUCUGGAGACUUUGGGUCUUAUGUUUCCCAAAAGGAUGAGAGGAACUGGAAUUCCCAGGUUGAUCAUCCAGCAGAAGAAGUCAAAGAUUUAGGACGUAGUAAAUGGUCAGACAAUUUGGAUGAUGACGAUGAUGAGAUAAAUAAAGUUUUGAAGGGCAAGGCCACUGUUUUGUCUGGAUUGGUCAGAACAUAUGGGAGAGAAGGUAAAUCUGUUCACUGGGGAGAUCAGGGUGGCAAUACUGGUUUUUCCAUUGGUGCUGUCAAGAAAGCAAAUUUGGUGUCAUUAGUCAUUGGCCCUGGUGCAGGUUACAACUUGAAGUCAAAUCCACUACCUAAGGAAGAAGCAACAGCCGGAAAUUCUAGAGAGACGAAGAAGCAUACCAUGUUUCAAGAAAGGCAGCGUGCAGAGCAAGAGUCCUUCAGAGCUGUUUUUGACAGGAGGCGGCAUCGUAUUGGUGGUCUUGAUCCUGAGGAGGACUGAUGUGUCGCAUACAGUUUUGUAGUUGGUUUCCAUUUUUCCUGAUGUUGUCCCUUUGGAUGGGAUAUACUCAUUCCCUUGUAUAACAUUGUAUUGCCAAUUUUCCAAGGCUUGCUUGUAAUCAUGUGUAUAAUACAAGAUCAUUUGAGCAAGACAUAAAAUGAGGUUCUUCAAAUGGUAGAAUCAACAAAAUCGAUACUGUAUGGUAUCAUUUUUUAAAUGUGCAAAUGCUCAUUAACUUCUCCUAAA